AAACUAACCAUGGUUGUUCCCUAUUACCAUAGCUACAUCUAGAAGAGAGGAGAGUGUGCGAGUCUUGUCUUUUGUUUCUUUUAUUACACACAAAUAGAUGAAACGAGGAAAGCUGCUACUACUACUUCUUUUGCUACUUCCAUAAAUAGGUCCUUCCUUACGCAGAUAAUCAAGUUUGUUCAUCAUCUUCUCGUCGCCUCUCCAGCAAUACUUAUAUCUAUCUAUUUAUACAUAAUCGUGUUUCUUAAUUUCCUCUUCCGUUAAUCUCCUUAAAACCUUCUUGUUAGGGUUUUAAAUCCUUGUGGCCACAGAAAAAAUUAAACGAGUAAGAGAUGGUGAGGGGAAAAACUCAGAUGAAGAGGAUAGAGAAUACAACAAGCAGACAAGUGACUUUCUCUAAACGCAGGAAUGGUUUGUUGAAGAAAGCCUUUGAGCUCUCGGUGCUUUGUGAUGCUGAAGUUUCUCUGAUCAUCUUCUCUCCUAAGGGAAAACUUUAUGAAUUCGCCAGCUCCAAUAUGCAAGAUACCAUAGAUCGUUAUCUGACGCAUACCAAGGAUCGAAUCAGCAACAAACCGGUUUCUGAAGAAAAUAUGCAGCAUUUGAAACAUGAAGCAGCAAACAUGAUGAAGAAAAUUGAACAACUUGAAGCUUCCAAACGUAAACUCUUGGGAGAAGGCACAGGAUCAUGCUCGAUUGAGGAGCUGCAGCAGAUUGAGACCCAACUUGAGAAAAGUGUCAAAUGCAUUCGAGCACGAAAGACUCAACUGUUUAAGGAACAAAUUGAGCAGCUCAAGCAAAAGGAGAAAGCUCUAGCUGCAGAAAACCAGAAGCUCACUGAAAAGUGGGGAUCUCAUGAAAUCAAAGUUUGGUCGAGCAAGAACCAAGAAAGUGGAAGAGGUGACGAAGAAAGUAGUCCAAGUUCUGAAGUAGAGACAGAAUUGUUCAUUGGGUUGCCUUCUUCUUCAAGAAAGUGAAGAAGCACUCUUCCGACAACAGCAAAAAUGCAAAAGAAACCCUAAGUAAAAAGGUUUAGCAGUGAGUGUAUAAGGUCAAGUAACAAAACUCUAAAGCUGCUUAUUGUCAUCUCUCUCUCUCUCUCUCUCUCUCUCUCUCUCUCUCUCUCUCUCUUCUUUAAAACUCAUCUGCAUGUGUUAUGUAUCUAUGUUCUUCUACAGUUGCCUACCUAGAUGUUUAUAUGUUUGUUGUUCAUUUUCAACUUUUAUUAUCAUGUAUCAAUUAAUGCUUUUCCCUCCAAA